AGUGUCUCUUUUAACGAGGCCGCUUUGUGCCGCUAUCCACAAUGAGUGCAACAAAGACACAGUCCCAGAAAGUUUUCGAAAAACUGAAAUCCAAACCGGCAAAUAAAAUAUGUUUUGACUGUGGCACCAACAAUCCCACCUGGUCUUCGGUUCCGUUUGGUAUUUAUCUGUGUUUGGACUGCUCGUCUAACCACCGAAACCUCGGCGUUCACAUUUCCUUUGUUCGCUCUACCAACCUUGAUCAGUGGCAAUGGGAACAAUUACGAAUUAUGAAAGUGGGAGGGAAUGAGUCCGCAACGAAAUAUUUCCGGUCACAUGGAGGGACCGCGGCUUUGGCCAGCAAGGACCCCAAAGUUAAAUACACGUCCGCUGCAGCAGUGAAAUAUAAAGAAGAGCUGAAACGAAGAGCACAGCUGGAUGCGCAAGAGUUUCCCAACGAAGUUGUCAUCAUUGAUGCUGGGCCAGCGUCUCAAUCUGACGGAACCUCCACACCCGCAGGCGAAGGCGAAGAUGACUUCUUCUCAUCGUGGGAUAAGCCAACCAUCAAACGACCAAGCAACCCUCCUUCGCGGACAGCCACCCCACCUGUAGUCAGCCGCACCGAUUCCCCGUUCCUCAACGCGGGCGCUAACGGUAAUGGAGUUUCCCGACCGAAAUCCCCCCUCUCCGGCUCAGAUGACAAAUCCCCAGUGUCAGACCCACCCGUGGCUGUUCGGUCAAAUCCUGCAGUUCGCAAGACCGCGGCAGUUGGCGCUAAGAAGGGCAGUGUAUUGGGGUCGAAAAAGGCUCCGAAGUUGGGCGCCAAAAAACUUAUCAGCUCCGAUGCAAUUGACUUCGAGGAAGCGGAAAAGAGAGCAAAAGAAGAGGCGGAACGUAUUGCCAAGCUGGGAUACGAUCCCGAAGCGGAGAGGGCCGCAGCUGAGGCGAAAAAAUCCGGAUCUUCAGCCUCCAAAAUAGCCGCCCCAACACCCGUCAGCCCCACCCGGGGUAGCUUUGGAGCCACCCGAAGCCACGAAAGAAGCUCCAGCGAAAUCGAACGUCUUGGAAUGGGUUUGGGCCGCCUGGGAUUUGGUCAAGUUGGAGCGGCAGCAAAAGCUCCUGCCCCUAAGAAGCUGGGAUUUGGAGCCACUGCCGCGUCCAAGGCUGCUGAUGACGAGGAACUAGAAUAUGCCAGACAGAAAUUUGGCAGCCAGAAAGGGAUCUCCUCGGACGAGUUCUUUGGUCGCGAUCAAUUUGACCCAGCCACUCAGGCCGAAGCCAAGAGCCGUCUCGCAAAUUUUGAAGGCGCCACUUCUAUAUCCAGCAAUGCAUAUUUCGGCCGUCCCGAAAAUGACCAACCAUCUACCGACGAGUAUGGCAAUUAUGACGACCUGGAAAGCGCAGCGAGAGACUUCGUGCGACGAUUUGGAGUUACGGCAGGCGAUGACUUAGAGAAUCUGACACAGUUUCUUGGUGAUGGUGCGGCUAAGUUACAAGGAGCCAUUCGAACCUAUCUCAACAGUUAGAUUUACGUAUCUGCAUUGUUCGAUUCUCUCUUCUUUUUUCCCCUCUGUUUCCCCUUGUGAAAGCAUACGACGAUACUUUCCCUUUUUCUUUCCCUGCAGUCAUCGAUUUACACAACAUUUUUCUCAGCUCUUUUCUCUAUUUUCUUUGGUUUGUUUGAUGGUGGGAUUCCGGCGGAUAGUGCAUAAAGAAAAGAGGACACCGGACCCAUUCGGCGAGAAAGCGGGGAUACGGGGACGAAAACGAAGAUGAUAUAGCCCCGACGACGUCUGGCUACUACAGGAGUUAAAAAGCAUUAAACUAAUCUUGUGAGAGUAGAAUACCAAAUUUGCGUUUUCGUUUUGCUUUGUUAUGCUUCGCUUUUAUUUUAUUUUAAUUUAUUUUUAUAUUAUUGUUAGUUUUUAAUUUAUUGGAGGUUCGCUGCAUUCAAAAUUCUCACCUUUAACAAGUUUAAUCUAUCUUAUUAUAUAUAAAAUACAUGUAUAACCGGGAAGCAUAGCCACCUUAGAAAUUCAAUUCUGUCAAAUGGCAGCCGAAGGGGGGAAUGUAUAAAAAUACAUACAAAUGAAUUAAAAGCCAAUACAAAAUAAAAUAGGAGACUUGCGGCUAUUCAUCCGAAAGACUCCCUUGGCUCUCAAUCACAAUUCCUAUAAAUUGCAUCCGCCAUUUUCACCACCUGGCUCAUCUCGGCGGUAUCAUGAACCCUCACGAUGUCCGCCCCACCUGCAACUGAAGCAGUAACAGUCGCCGCUGUACCCCAAAGUCUCUCGCUCGGCUUCUUAACACCCGUAACGCGCCCGAUGAACGCUUUCCGGCUCGUGCCCAACAACCAAGGCAAAUAACGUAAUCCGUCAAAUCUCUCCCGUAGCGACUGGAGAUUCCUCAGCAGCUCUAGAUUCUGCUCUUUGGCCUUCGCAAAGCCAAUUCCAGGGUCCAGAAUGAUCCGCCACCGCCGCACACCGGCGUUCUCCACAACUCUUAUUCGCUCCAUCAGUUCAUUGGCAACGCCGUCAACAACUCCGCUGCCCGUGCCAGUGCCACUACCAUGACCAGGCUUAUAUGCGCUAUAGUCGGUAAGUUUCAUCAUUGUCUGUGGCGUGCCGCGCAUGUGCAUAAGAAUCACCGUCUUCUGGAGUUUCGCCAUAGUAGCAGGCAUGUUAGGGUCCAGGGAAGCCCCAGACACAUCAUUGAUGAUAUCUGCUCCUGCAUUAACCGCCGCCUCCGCGACUGCAGCACGGUACGUGUCGAUGCUAAUGGCGACGCUGUUGGCUUCGGGGAGGGAGCG